CUUGCGUGAUCGAAUUACAGUUUAAAUUUCAGUGCGCGCGCCUGCCGCACAUCGAACGACGACGAGAGUCUACGGCUCACCGCGGCUGAAUUAACAGUCGUUCUCCUCCUUCAGUUCGCGUAUUCCUGCAGCCUCAAACGAGUAAAAAUGUCGGAAGAAAAGCCAAAGGAAGGAGUAAAGACUGAGAACGACCACAUUAACCUGAAAGUGGCCGGUCAAGACGGCUCGGUGGUACAGUUUAAAAUCAAGAGGCACACUGCUCUCAGCAAACUCAUGAAAGCAUACUGUGAACGACAGGUACGUCAAACCAUCUCGUCUUGUGUUGCAAUUCUGUCAUGCUCACAUUUGAAAAGAAUUUCUGUCUUUUUACAGGGACUGUCGAUUCGUCAAAUAAGGUUUAGGUUUGAUGGACAGCCCAUAAAUGAGAAUGACACACCUUCACAGUUGGAAAUGGAGGAUGAAGACACUAUCGACGUGUUCCAGCAACAGACGGGAGGAGACUUUUCUUAAGUGGAGAAUGCAUCCAUAUUAUUAUUUUCAUGUUGUAAUUAUUGUUUAUUUUAUUAUUUUCUUUUCAACACCCCCCCCCCCCCACCCCACACACACACACACACACAAUUUUGCUGCUAGGCUUUUUACCACAGGCAGUUUUUGCAAAUUUUGAAUGGUAAGCGGUCUGUUUCUAUUUGGAGAAAGACCCAUUUGUGUGUUAAGCGGUAGAGACGCUUUUAGGUCGUAAAAUUCUCAAGGACGAUAUACAAAAAUCGUUUUUUUUAAUGGUAUUGUCAGAUUGAAUUCCAGCUAUAGUGUUUGGAGCCAAAACAAAAGUUGUAAUUUCAUCACACCUGUAUUUUCCGUCCAUUUCUUUUGGUAGCUAUAUUCCAGGUCUUGUCAUUUGUAUCCACCUUUGCAGAGAAAUAAACGUAUGUAUGAUAGGAGCUCUAUAUGUGAUGUGUCACUCAGAGCAGAAUGAACUGAAUGCUGAAAGUACAGUCAGUCACUUCAUGUUGCUGGACCAAAAAAAACAUCGCUGAAUAAAAUGUUCUUUUUAUAAUGGGUGUUGUGGCAUUUGUGAGCUGAAAUCUAGUCCUACAAAAGGGUUUCAAACACAUUAGAAUUUUUUAGAGCUGGAACAAAUACUCGAGUUUAAAAACUGAUCCGAGUAAUUUUAUUCACCUCGAGGAAUCAUUUCAUUUUGACAGCUCUAAGCAUCAUGUUUUGCCCGGACUUUUAACGCGGGACAACGCCCUGAUGUCAUGUGCGUAGAGGAAGAAGCAAUUAAAAAAAAAAACACUGCAGCCGACAGCCGCUACAAACGAUGCCGACGUUGCUAAGAACUAGCCCACAUGAUGAUACGGUGGUAGCAGGUAGCGUCUGAUGCGUCUCAUAGAGAUCACAUGUAUGUUGAACUAGAUGCGAAAUGACAGCGGCAUUAGUAAACAGCCGCCAUCUUAAAGCAGUAGACUUCUAAGAGCUAAUAAGAUUAAUGUUACUGUCAUUCGCUCACGUAACGUUAGCCCUGCGAAGGGCUAGGUUUCUAUUAAUUAUGACCACUGUCGAUGCGUGGCUAACGUCUUACAUACAGGCUUUAUUUAAUCUGUGAAAACAGCGCUGUUGAGUGAUGAGGUUGUAAAAUAAAAACAAUGCUAACUGUCAAUUUUAGCUCAGUAGUCAUUGCUGGAUAAAACACCAAAUAGCACUGGUCCCUAAUGUGCUCCAACACAGCAGGUAUCAUACAUUUAUUUUGAGCACUGCAAAAACUCAAAAUCCUAUCAGGACUUACUGUUUAGACUAACUUAAAACUUAACUAGAACUUGAAAAUAGCUUGACACAAAUGGAAAUUCAAUUGAAACACGGAGAAACACCUCUAACUUUUAAGUGAUGUGUGUUAUCAAGCAUAUCGGCAUUUUUAGGUAAGAACUAUACAUAUAUUUAUAAGAUCUAAGUUUUUUGAGUGAAAGCAGUGAAUUAGUCUUUUUUUUUUUUUUUUCUAGUUACAUCUGAGAUGCAAUUGUUGGCUGUUUUCAACAAUGUACAU